CACAAACAAAAGCCACACAAUUAAGGCCCCACGGUCCCAACACGGAUGCCAGAGAAAUGAAAAAAAAGAAACUUGAUUGCCCGCCUCCCUCAAUCAUAUCAUAUUUAAGGCAACCUUUCUGUCUUCCGAGUUCGAUCAUUCUUUCACAAAAUCAUUCAUCCUUUAAAACUUUACCCCUUUUCUUCUGUAUCCCUUUUCUCCUUUCUUGGUUAAAUUUCUAUCUGGGGGCAUGUUUUGGUUGGGUUUCAGAUCAAAUAUCGGUUACGAGACUCAACCAAACAUGUAAAUAGAAAAAAAAAAAAAAAAAACCCUCAUUUGGGAUUUUUGCCGUUUUGAUGAUUUGGAGAGAGGGGACAAGCCAAAAAAUCAUGGAAUUUGCUAGGAUCAGGCAAUUGAUGCUUCUUUGGUCAAGUAUUACAACUACCCGUGUGGCCCUCGUGGGUGGAAACCAUACCGCUGCCAGAUUUUGCACCCGCUAAGUUCAUGUUUCUUUGCUUCCCCUGUUGGCUUUAUUCUAUCCCCCUUUUCUUCUUUGUUAUCUUAUAACAAUCAGUGAUUUGAUAUCGAAAUUCUUGAAUUUGGGUGUUUUGCCAUACCUGAAACUGAAAAGUUGGCAUCUUGACGCAUCUGAUCGCGUUGGUGAAUGUGCAUUUGAGGCUUUAGCAAAUCGGAAAAGAAUUUGCUGAAAAAGAUCGCAUUUUUAUUGAUAAUGAGCAUGGAAAUGGCUCAAAAGUUUAGAGCCUUUGAUGGGAUCAAGGCUCAGGUGCUGAAUAGUGGUGGGGUUGGGUUGCAUUCCAAUACCCUUUUGGUUAUUAAGCUGCCUGAUUCCCGGGUUUUGCAGAUCAUUUCGAGAUCGCUGUUUUUGGCAAUCAUUUUGCUCACAUUGCCUUCAAUUGGUUCUAUUCUGAGAGGUUCUUUGAGUCCUGGCUUGGACUCUGAUUUGGAUAGUUUCAAGACUUUGCCUAUUCUGUUUCGUGAUUUGGCCGAUGAAGGCCUCCUGAGGAAGGGUCAUAAGGGCCUGAUUGUUAGUUCUAGUCCUGAGAUUAUUGAGUUCGUGAAAGAUCUGGAGUUUCUGAGGGAGAAGGAAAACCACAACAAUGUGGUCAUCAAAACAAACAUUGGGAACAAUAACUUGAUUAUUCCUGAUGAGACAUUUGAUUUUGUUUUCACCCUGAGUUUAAAGAGCACUGAAUAUGCUGAUCGCGUGCUUAAGCACGGUGGCAUUGUCAUCACACAGUUGAGCAAUGAUCCUUCAAGAGUCCUACAACGACAUCAGAAUCACCGCAUUGUGUAUUUACGACGAUUUGAUAACACGUUUGUGGCGAUGAGGAAAGUUAGCAACAAAGAUGGCUUGAGCAAUUCUGCUACAAAAGCUACACCUUGUGGGAUCACUGGAGAGGAUAGGAAACUAGCAUUGCAGGGAUUAGAGGAUGCAUUGUUAGAGCCGCCUAGAAGGACAUUGCUGAAGUCCCCGGGGAGUGGAAUUAGUGAAAUGAAAUUUCUUCCAGAUUUACUCGGGGACUCCUUGAAAAGUUACAAGCGUAGAAUAUUGAUUUCUGAUGAGAAAAAUGGUGCAGUUGAGGAAUGGUUUUACAAAAACUACCCCACCCGGAACCAGUAUUUCGAGACGUUCAAUCUAGAUGUAAAUGUUGAAACACAAGGUUCAGAGAAAUCAUCAUUGUCAUUGAGAAUCAGGUUACCUAAACCAGUUGGUGUUUCAGAUUGGUUGAGAAAUAAUGUGAAGCGGGAAGAUUUUGUAGUGAUGAAGGCGGAGGCACAAGUGGUUGAUGAGAUGAUAAAGGAUAAAACAAUCUGCUUGGUGGACGAGUUGUUUUUGGAGUGCAAGAACGAGUUUCAAGAUGAAGAUCCAUCUGAAGCUGGAAAUGAUGGCAAGAGGGCUUAUUGGCAGUGUUUAACUCUGUAUGGAGGCUUAAGAGAUCAGGGUGUUGCAGUUCAUCAAUGGUGGAACUGAUUUACCAUUGCUUCUGCUGAUGGCUUCUGAUUGAUUCAUUUGAAGCUUUUGAUGUAUUCUAUGAUUAAUAAUAUGAUGGCCUCCAAGUUUAGGGGUCAUUUUGUUAAUGGAUUCAUAAUGUAGUAUACUUCUUUUGGAGUCGGUAAGCUCCGAUUUGUUUGGCCACUUAGGUUUCCUCUGUUCCUCAGUGUUAUUCGUUUGAGAUCUGAACAAUUCGCUUAUUGUUGGGGUUGCAGUAUAGUUAAAAUUGAUGCUGCCUAGUUUGAUUUAUUGGUACCCUCGCAAAUCGCAAUGCAAAAUAAUACCUCCUAAAACCAUUUGCCU